GUACUUAGUAGGUGGAAUGAAAGAUUUAGUUUGUCUAUGCUCGGGCUCCUGUCUUGUCUAGUCUAUGUUUAUUGGAUUUCCGAAGAAUUUUGAGAAAAAUAUUGAAAAUUAAAAAAAUGGCAACGAAAUCACUUACAAAUUCCUUUAUUCGACAUGUUGUGAGAAGGAGUUACGCUCAGGCAGCGCCUUCAGCAAAGAGCGAUACUAUUCAAACCAGUGUUUUGCCGAACAAGACGUAUAUAGCGGCAGUUGACACCAACUCUCCUGUGGCCAGAGUCACUAUAGCAUUCAAGGCUGGUUCACGUUAUGAGCCACAAACAGAUUUGGGAAUUUCCCAUGUCCUCCGCUCGGCUGCCGGUCUCACUACUGGAUGUGCAAGCAGCUUCAUUAUUGCUCGCAAACUAGCACAAAUUGGCGCCUCGGUCAAUGCAUCAGGAGACCGUGAAUUUAUUUACUAUACCCUUGAGGCAACACAAGACAACCUUCAGGAAGCAGUGGAGGUUCUUGCUAAUCUGGUCUCCCUGCAGGAGUUCAGGCCCUGGGAGCUAAGUGACAAUGUACCUCGCCUUAAAUAUGAACUGGCUGCACUGUACCCUCAAGUUCGUGCAGUUGACCUCCUACACAAAGCUGCCUAUCGCCAUGGACUUGGAAACUCCUUGUUCAUAUCACCAAACAGGAUUGGCAAGAUAUCAUCAGAGUCUCUCCUUCACUAUGCCGGAUCUAAUCUGACCCCCACCCGUUGUGCUGUGGUUGUUGUCGGAGAUAAUCAGGAUAGAGCAUCUUUGAUUGCUCAAUGCCUUCAACUCACUGGCUCUGGAGAAGAGGCGCCUAAAGAGCCCAGCAAGUACUAUGGUGGGGAAUUGAGGAAGGAGAUGGGGGGCGACCUGGCUCACGUUGCGAUAGCGCUACAGGGGGCGCCGGCCGGUUCGCCGCAGUCGCUGGCUUUGGCGGUUGCAGCUAAAGCUCUCGGCAAUGGUCCGGUGACGAAGUGGGGGGCAGACAACUCUGCAUUGGCGAAAUGUAUCGGCAACAUCGGCCCGUUCGCCGCCGCCGGCUUCAACGUGUCGUACAGCGACACCGGCCUCUUCGGCGCUGUGCUCACCGUGCCCAAGGAUGAAGCCAACUGUGCCGUGAAAGCAGUAGCGAACGUGCUGAAGAAGGGCUGCCUGCCGUCGGAGGCGGUGCGCGCGGGCCGCAACCAGCUCAAGCUGCAGCUGCUGAGCGAGGCCGAGGCCGGCGCCUCGCUGGCCGAGGGCUUCGCCGCGCAGGCGCUCUACACCGGCACGGUGCUGCCGCCUGCAGUGCUCGCCGCGCAAAUCGACACCAUCGACGACGCCACCGUCAACAAGGUGAUGGCCUCAGCAGCACAAACCAAGCUGUCCAUGGGCGCCGCCGGUAACCUUGCAUUUGUACCAUACGCAGACGAAAUUUAAAUCAUUGAGUUACUUUUAGAAUAAUUUUAUCACUUAGAAAUCAGCUGCUGUAAUGUAGUUAACAUUAUGCAGAUUUUUAUUUAUUGUUGUAAUCAAAUAAAAGGUCAUUCUUUGUUUUAAUA